AAAUGGCAUUGGAAUGGGUUGUAUUAAGCUAUGCCGCGGCUGCAGAAGCUAUGAUGGUCCUUUUGCUCACUCUGCCUCCAACCAUGAAUCCUUUACGGAAGGGUGUAAUCUCUGUAACCCGCAAUUUACUCAAACCAUUUCUAUCUGUUAUACCGUUUUGUUUGUUCCUGUUGAUGGACAUCUACUGGAAGUACGAGACUCGCCCGAGUUGCUCCUCUCCCGAGUCGUGUAACCCGACUGAUCUCAUGCGACACCAGAAAUCCGUACUCAAGUCUCAACGGAAUACGUUGUUGAUUGCUUCGGCGCUGGUGCUCUAUUGGCUUCUUUUUGCAGUGACGCAUUUGGUUUCACAGGCGGAGAUGUUGAAUGAACGAGUCGAGAAGGCGAUGAACAAGGAUUGAGUUGACGCCUGUUUGGUUUAAAUGUUGUUAUACUUAUAUAUAGGUUAUGUAUAAUAAUAUUUGGUGUUUUACCUUGGGUUAUAGAAUCCAGUUCUAUGCUGAUUUCAUUUUAAUCUUUCCAAUUUUGAUAAUAUUUGUUGGUUUACUAGAUGGCUUAUUAUUUUUGAUCUUCAAGUGUUCCUGAGUGAUUAGUUUUGUACACUUUUCCUUGGGAGAAUAGAAUGUUUCUGUUCCGUUUUCUUUUAGAAAAAGACA